AUGUCUUCAUUUAGUGAUGUCUUCUUUGGUGGUCAAGGUGAUGAAUGUGCUACCUCUAAUGACUAUAAUGGUGAAUACUGGGGAGCUAGAAUUUCAACGGUUCCUGUUCUUUUAGUCACCUCAUUGUUUGGUGCUAUUUUCCCAGUUAUGUCUGCUAAUUCAAAGGCUUCUUGGUUCAAAAUGCCCGAUUGGUGUUUCUUCUACUGUAAAUAUUUUGGUUCAGGAGUUAUUCUUGCAACCACUUUUAUCCAUCUUUUAGAUCCAGGUAUUGCCUGUCUUUCUGAUCCAUGUUUAGGUGGUGUUUGGAAUGAAUAUCCAAUGGGUUUAGCUGUUACCUUAAUUGCCCUUUGUAUCAUUUUCUUGGUUGAAAUUUUGAUUUACUACUUCCUCAAAGCCCACAACCAAGCCAUGGCCACUGCUAUUAAUGAUCAAGAAGCUGCUGAUUAUAAAGACGAUGCUAUUCAAAAAACUGACUCAAAAACUUCUCUUGAAAAACAAUUGGCCAAAAUGGGUCACAACCAUGGUGGUGAAGUUGGUGUUUCUGCUGUUGAUGCAAAAACUCUUUAUUCGGGUCAAUUAGUUACCAUCUUUGUUUUAGAAUUUGGUAUUAUUUUCCAUUCAGUCUUUGUCGGUCUUUCUUUAACAACCUCUGGUGAUGAAUUUGUUACUCUUUAUGUUGUCAUUGUUUUCCAUCAAUUCUUUGAAGGUUUAGGUUUAGGUGCCAGAAUCGCCUGGACUAAAUGGCCCGAAAGUAAAAAACUCACUCCAUACUUAUUAGCACUAGCCUAUGGUUUAACCACUCCAAUUGCUGCUGCCAUCGGUCUUGGUGUUAGAAAAUCUUAUGUUCCAGGUUCCAGAACUGCUUUAAUUGUUACUGGUUUCUGUGACAGUAUCUCUGCUGGUGUUUUGUUAUACUCUUCAUUGGUCGAAUUGAUGGCUCAGGAAUUCUUAUACUCCAACGAAUUUGAUGACAGUGCUCCAGGCAAGAGAGAUGGUUUGAAAAGAUUAAUCGGUGCAUAUAUCUUAUUUAUCGCUGGUGCUGCUCUUAUGUCCUGUUUGGGUAAAUGGGCUUAA